AUGGCAAAUGUUUCACCUUCAAGAAAAAAUCCUAUGGGAAAGAUGAACACAGUACGUUUUCAUGUUCAUUCAUUCUGGUUUAAUAAAACUAUACCCACAUUGGACAAAAUACCGCAAGUUAUUAAAGACGACGAAACUUUUCCAGAUAUUUUCAGAAUAAAUUUACAUCGUCUGUUGAAAUCCAUGGACUUCGUUUACACAAAACGCAAUCGCAAUAGUGCCCUAAUAGAAAAAGAUGAAAUUGUUUUGUGGCGUAGACAGUAUUUACAAAAUAUUCGUAAAUAUCGUGAAGAAGGGCGGCAUUUAUACUAUCUUGACGAAACUUGGGUCAACGCAGGCGACUGUACCAGCAAAACGAAAAUUUUAAGACUCCCUCCAUAUCAUUGCGAGUUAAAUCCAAUACAAUUGGCGUGGGCUAACGUGAAAGAUCACGUUAAAAAAAACAACACCAGCUACAAGUUGAGUGACGUCAAAACACUUUUAUUGGAAGGCAUAGAAAGAGUGGAUGAGAACAUGUGGAAAAAUUUUAUAAGACACACUAUAACGGAGGAAGAAAAAUUCUACAAAAUCGAUUUUAUAGUAGACGAUUUGUUGUCUGCAGAAACAGAAAGUCUGACAAUGACGGUUGGCGAUACGUCUUCGGAGUCUGAAUUCUAUAGCGAUGAUGAGUAA